AUGGCUUCCAAAUCACCAAAGAACAUCCUCAUCACUGGUGCCACGGGCUUCAUCGGCGGCACGAUACUGACCACGCUCCUCGCUUCAGACUCCCCUGCGCUACAAGCAGCCACCAUUACCUGUCUGGUUCGAGGUGCUGACCGUGCCACGACCCUCACUUCGGCCUAUGGCAGUCGUGUGCGCACCAUCAUCUACAAGGGUCUCGACGAUGUAGAGGCGACCGAGGCCGCGGCGUCUCAGGCUGACGUCGUGAUCGGGGCGACUCUGGGCUUCCACCCAGCAUCAGCACAAGCACUUCUGCGAGGCCUGGCGAAGCGGCGUGCAGCUGCGCAAGGCAAGACGGAUAUCUGGAUGAUUCACCUCUCCGGCGCCUCGAAUUUGUCGGAUCAACCCAUCACGGGAGCGUAUCUCGAGGACCGCACGUUUGACGAUGUCGAGGACGACGUCUAUGGGUACGAGAAGCACCGUGAGGGGCUGCGUCAUUAUCCCCAGCGGGCAACUGAGCUCGGGGUGAUUGACUCGGGUCUGGAGCUUGGAGUCAGGACUGUUGUUAUGAUGCCCCCGACUAUCUACGGGGUGGGCACCGGCCUGUUCAACCGGACCAGCAUCCAGAUCCCCACGUACAUCCGGGCGGUCCUGGAGCUGGGGCACGGCGUAGUAAUUGGCGAUGGUGCGGGCGAGAUCAACCACGUCCACGUCGAGGACCUGGCCGAGCUAUACCGCCUCGUGGUCCUGGACAUACUCGACAACGGGGGAUCCCGUCUGCCCGCGGGCAAAAAGGGCAUCCUCUUCUCGAGUCAUGGGAUACACUCCUGGAUGGAUGUGGCGCGCGGGAUCGCGGAAGCGUGUCAAAGGGCCGGCAAGAUAGAGGAUGCCCAAGUUCGCAGUGUCGGACUCGAGGACGCAGGAACGUACCUCAAGUCGUAUAUGGACCUGGUGGGCGGUGACCUUGUCGAGCUUGAGCUCGGACUGUGCUCCAACUCGCGCACCAGGACAAGUGUGGCUCGGCAGCUGGGCUGGCGGCCUACUCGAGGUGAAGAGGCAUGGAAAAAAUGUUUUGAGGAGGAUCUUCGUGCGGUACUAUGUAGCUCGUGA